GGAUGCUUUCAUAAUUAUUUUAGGACUUUUUUGAAAAUGGACAUUAUUUGGGAAUGACAAAAUUGCUGUAUGAGCCCAAAUCUGAUGACUUGCUUUGUGACUAAAAACCUUAUGGGGCUAAGACAUGAUCUAGCUGGUUUUUCUCCAGGAUCUCAAAUGGUGUCUGAAGGUGGUUGGAGAGGAGAUACAGAAAGGUUUUGGGUAACAAAUGGUUCUCACUGACAUGAAUGUAGAUCUUCCUCCCAGGUGACUUUUUGUGUUCGCCACUUGUCUGCCAGGUUCUGGUUGCAGGCCCUACGCCAGGCUUCAAGAACAUGGGUCGGUAAGAUUCAGUCACUGACCUUGAGGAGCUUACAAUCAAGUUGAGGAGCCCAAUCCCAAAAAAGAGUGAUCUUGAUUUCUUUUACCCCUCUCAUUUCAGGUUGUUGAUCAUUAUGAAAAUCCUAGAAACGUGGGGUCCCUUGACAAGACAUCUAAAAAUGUUGGAACCGGAUUGGUGGGGGCUCCAGCUUGUGGUGAUGUAAUGAAAUUACAGAUCCAAGUGGAUGAAAAGGGGAAGAUUGUGGACGCCAGGUUUAAAACAUUUGGCUGUGGUUCUGCGAUCGCCUCCAGCUCGUUAGCCACUGAGUGGGUGAAAGGGAAGACGGUUGAAGAAGCCUUGACCAUCAAAAACACAGAUAUCGCCAAGGAACUCUGCCUGCCUCCCGUGAAACUGCACUGCUCCAUGCUGGCUGAGGACGCAAUCAAGGCCGCCCUGGCUGAUUACAAACUGAAACAAGAGCCCAAGAAGGGAGAGGCGGAGAAGAAAUGAGCCCUUGGUGGAGCCGCCCACCGAUCCCACCAGCUGUUCCCCACCCGCUGUGCCGUCACCUUAGACGUGCAGAAGCCGCUCACACUGCAAUAAAAGAGCUUUGAGACUCACACACUAUCUGCUGUUCACCUGUGGCUCUGAUGCAAGUGAAAUACAGUUUAAUUUUUCUGAAUCCCGUGGUUUCUUUCAGCCCACUUGUACCGCCUUAACCAAGUGAAAUGUGUAUUUUGAAUUGUGUGUAUGGCCUCAAAGCUGAAGUCAGUAAUGAUGUCCCAAGUGGUCGAUAGUCCGUGGAGUGCAUAAAUAUCUCCUUUACCUGAAUCUGUUUCGGGACGAUUACCAGGAGAGUGCCUUCAGUGUGAUUAUUCGAUAGAAUCAACUAUUGUACAUAAGACAGACCUGCAUAUAUAUAUAUAAUGUAAUAAAUGAGUGUAAGAUG